CAUAAUUUUUAUUUCCAACCAUAUAAGUUGAGACAUGGCUGGCGUCUGGGUUUUCAAGAACAACGGGGUUAUGCAGCUCGUAGAGAACCCUGGGGCCGACUGUGCUGAGAGUAAGUGUGGCUCCAAGCGGAAGGUUCUGGUGCACCUUCCAACUGGGCAGGUGGUGUCCUCGUACAAAUCCCUCGACCAAAUUCUUCGAAAUUUGGGGUGGGAGAGGUACUACGGUGGUGACCCCGACCUCUAUCAGUUCCACAAACACUCCUCCAUCGACCUCAUCUCUCUCCCCAAAGAUUUCAACAAGUUCAGCUCUGUUUACAUGUACGACAUCGUUGUCAAGAACCCUAAUCUCUUUCAUGUCAAGGACAUGUAGCUUCCAUUCUUCCUAGGCUUUCAGAUUCUCUCAGAAAAAUGUGUAUUUUUUCUUUUUUUUUUGUGGGUUUCGUGGUUUGGUGUGAUGGGUAGAAUUAUGUAUCUUUGUAAAGAACAAUUAUUUGAUCUUGAAGUGUGAUUUCUAGGAUAGAUAGAAGUUUGUAAUGAUCAUAAUUUGUAAUUGUUUCAUCAAAUCGACACCACUUGUUGGAUUUCGACUUCCGGUUAGUUUAGUUA